AUGUUCAGUCGAAUUCGGAACGUAGGGACAAGAGUAUGGCACCCUUCAUUGCUCCGAAAUGUUGCCUCUAGGAGCAGAGCACCUCCAAAAUCAUUAUUACAGCGGCAAGCCAAAAGACGUGGGGAUAUGGACUCAACAACGUCAUCGCAGCUAAUUGUCAGUUCUCUUAAGGACAUUUUUUCAAUUUUCAAUCCAUCCGGUUACUCUCAAGAGGACGAGGACUUAGAAUCCAAUGCCAGAAAAGAGGCAGUUGCUGAAAGAAUAGAGCACGGUGAGCUGCGAAGUUUAUACCUGCAAAAGUUCUCUGCAGUGCGUGUUUCACCAUCUGCUAAAUCAGAUAGCUCCGUAAAUGACCUAAGAAUCCCAACGCGCAGUCUAACGGUAAUGUUUCCACAACUAUCACAGCAAGACAGAGAGCUGAUUGAUGUCUCGCUAGGUAUGAUUCCCAAAUCGACAGACUGGAGGGAAAUUCCCCUGGUACAAAAGCAAAUGUUGUUUUAUAUGGGUUACGGAUCGUACGGUCCUAGAGAAGGCAUUAAGUUCUUUGGCUCGAAACCCGAGGAUUUUACUUGGCAGCACGCUGCCAAAUUGGGAGGGCAAGGUCUAAAAGCCCACAAACUACCGAAAACCCUAAUCACCGACGUCUGGAAGUGCACAACGUCAAGGCAAGCACAAUUCGAUGGUAUGACAAGGCGUUUGGACCCGGGCACACUAACCAUUGCGUUGAUGGGGCUUAUUGUGGCCAUAUGUGCGACUUUAGAAGAUUACCAGCAACGACGGGACGUGCAUGGGGUUGUACAGGUGGCUCGUUUUGAGGAGACAGACACGGCCGCACCAUGA